UUGGGCAGGUAAAAAAAAGCCUCUCUUUCUUUCUCUCUCUCUCUCUAGCCUAAUAGCUCACUACAUUGUCUAUGAUCUAUAAAAGUUGGAAUUUGAUGCUUCCUUUGCCGUUUAUGCAAGUAGGCAAUUGGUGAAUUUGAUUGUUUGUUGUCAAAUUUGAGCGAGCAUUUGAUGCUCUUGAAGGUACGAUCAAAUACCCAAUUCAGGGUACUGUGCUGAAACGCUGCCACAUUUCAAGUUCUUGCACAAUUCAAGUUGAAAUUUGAUGCAUUUUGUUCUUCUUUAGGUACCCAUCUGAGAAUAUCUCAAAAGGGUUUCUGUAACACGCAUUUCUUGGUUCUUGGUCCUUUGAUUGAUUCAAAACUUGAACAACUGGUUUUUCUUGGUUAGGACUUCACUAGACAGUACUUCAUUCUAUAUUCAUUGCUUCAAGCUUGACGUGAUCCUUCUCAAUCAACUCCUGCUUGAAAAGAUCCAAGCUUGCUUAAAUCUAUCACAUUAUUUGUUUGUUGAGUGGAGUACAUGAAAAUUCACUUCUCCCAAUUCCCUAAACAAAAGAGGAAAAGGGAAUCUGCUUUCUUUUCGCUACUCUCGUGAGCUGUUAAUUAGCCGAUGCCAUUGUUUUUGCGUACUUUAUACUCUGAAAGGUUCACUUUCCUGUCUGUGCGAAGCAUUUCCCUUUAUAUUUUUCCAAGCAUUGGAGUAAGCUUGAUCCCUAGGGUUUUCGAAAGGAAGAGGCGAUUUGCUGGUGCCGUGUAGAUUUUAUGCCUGAUAGAUUUGGAUUUGUCCUUUUUCUUUGUGCCUAUCGGAUGCUGCAAUAACAGGCUUCUUUUACUUUACACCCUCUGUGGUCUAUAAAGCUGCCAAGGUUACUUGUUCCUUGUUGAGUCCUGCAAGAUAUCACCAGUCAAUUUUAGUCAAACUCACUUUACCUUUAGUUUUGUAGUUUCUUCUGUUUCAUAUCUAUUUUUAGUCCUUAUCUGAAGCAACUGUUUGUUUGGUUGGGGUUCAUUUCCUUGGUAUAUAAGUUUCAUAGUUCUUGUGGUCUAGCUUUUGAAUUUAGAAGAUGGAUGGUCAUGAAAAUGAGGAUGUGGGGUUUCAACAUGGAAGUGAUGGCGUCCUGCAUUGUCCAUCUUCAGGGAUGAGCACAAACCCACUGCCUGAAAAGGUCUCAGGCAUGGCUAUGAGCUCUGUCUCCAUGUAUAAACCUUCAAAUGGAGCUGAUCCUUUCUUUAGUUCUGGUUGGGAUCCACUUGUUUCAUUGAGCCACAGUGAGAAUUUUGGAGCUUCUUCCAUGGUUUCUCACAGUGAAUUUUCCAAUCCUCCUUACCCUGUUGUAAUGGAAAAUCAGGGAGUUAGUAGCUCCUUCCACCUUGUUCAGUACCCCUCCAGUUCCACCCUUAUUGAACCAGUGCCAAAGCUUCCAUGCUUUGGAAGUGGGAGCUUCUCAGAAAUGGUUAAUUCCUUUGGCCUUCCCGACUGUAGCCAGAUUGCUAAUUCUGGAUGUCCUCAGAAUUAUGCCUCAAACAAGGCUGGUGGUGGCACUGGAAAGACUUCAACAAAUACUGCACAGUCUCAGGAUGAUCACCAAAUUUCAGGAGAGGGUGCUAUAGGAUCUUCGCCGACUGCAAAAAGAAGGAAACGAGCGCCUGAUUCCAACAAUUCACCAUUCAGCCCACAUCAGAAUGCCGAAGGGGAGGUACAGAAGGAUCUUUCUGGGGAGAGCUCCGACGUUCUAAAAGAACCGGACGAGAAGAAACCAAAAAUUGAACAAAACACAGGUUCGAAUUUGCGUGGUAAACAAACCAGUAAACAAGCUAAAGAUACUUCCAGUGGAGAUGGUUCUAAAGACAAUUACAUUCAUGUAAGAGCCCGAAGGGGACAGGCCACAAACAGUCAUAGCCUUGCAGAAAGGGUGAGAAGAGAAAAGAUUAGUGAGAGAAUGAGAUUGCUUCAAGAACUUGUUCCCGGAUGCAAUAAGAUUACUGGGAAGGCGGUGAUGCUUGAUGAGAUUAUCAACUAUGUGCAGUCGCUGCAACAGCAAGUUGAGUUUCUGUCAAUGAAACUUGCCACUGUCAAUCCAGAACUGAACAUUGAUAUGGAGCAGAUUCUGUCGAAAGAUAUAAUUCAUUCACGGGCCGGCACUGGAGCUAUUCUCGGAUUUGGUCCUGGAAUGAGCUCCACUCACCGUUACCCACAUGGAAUUUUCCAGGGGAGCUUACCAAGCAUUCCUGCUGCCACUCCAAAAUUUCCUUCGUUGCCUCAGACUAUGUUGGACAAUGAGCUCCAUAAUCUUUUCCAAAUGGGUUUCGAUUCUUGUCCUGUUGACAAUUUGGGACCAAAUGCAGGGCACUUGAAACCGGAGCUUUGAUGUUUGGAAGAGAUAAGAAGUGUUGGUUUCCUCCUAACAAAGAAUACAAAAAUAUUUCAAGUUGACUGCACAUUUAACCAAAUUACAAAAAGGGGAAAGAAAUCAGUUGUAUAGGCUGUCAUUUCCUGACUGUUUGUUCUUCUAAUUUUUAGCAGAAGAAGAUGACCCUGUUAGAAUUAGAAACCCAUGUAAAUUCAGACAAAAAAAAAAGUGAGUUCUUGAUUGGUGAA